AUGGAAGAUGUCAAGUCUCGGGGCCCCUAUAUCUACUCUGUGUUGGAGUCAGCUCAGGCCUUCCUGUCCCAGCACCCAUUUGAUGAAUUAGAGGAGCCUCGCUCUGAGAGCAAAGCCAACUUGCCCACGGCUGAUAGAAUCAGUUGUCUUCAUAUUGAAAGUGUGCCUUCUCCAAGGAAGGUGGUCAUACCUGUGAAACUGGACCCUUUCUGGCCACCUUGGUUUAGAAGGUAUCGGAGUCUGAAACAAUUUAACAUGGACAUCUGCCAGACCUGCUUCCUGACAGGCAGGGCCAGCAAGGGCAACAAGCUUCAUUAUCCCAUCAUGGAGUAUUACACCCCGACCACAUCCAGUGAGAACACGAGGGACUUUGCCACUCUCUUAAAGAACAAAUUCCGCUCAAAGCAUUAUUUCAGCAAACACCCUCAGCGAGGUUAUCUGCCUGUGCAAUCAGUGCUGGAGGCCGACUACAGUGAGACGCCAGCUUCUUCCCUGAUGUUGCCACACGCUGACACACACUCCCGCAUUGAGCAUUUUGCCAGCAGGCUUGCUGAGAUGGAAAGUCAAAAUUGCCCCUUCUUUAAUGACAGCUUGUCCCCAGACGACAGCAUAGACGAGGACCAGUACUUGCUGCAGCACUCCAGCCCCAUUACAGACCGGGAGCCAGCCUUUGGACAGCAGGCUCCGUGCAGCAUGGCCACUGAAAGCAAAGGGGAGCUCGAAAAGAUCCUGGCCCACUUAGAGGAUGAGAACCGGAUUCUCCAGGGGGAGCUGAGGCGCCUGACGUGGCAGCAUGAGGAAGCUGCUGAGGCACCCACCCUGGCUGAGGGCUCUGCCGAGGUAGCACAGGACCACCGCAAUGAGGAGCUGCUGGCUGAGGCCCGGAUCCUUCGGCAGCACAAGAGCUGCCUGGAGACACGCAUGCAGAUUCUUGAAGACCCCAACAAGCAACUCGAGUCCCAGCUGCAGCGCUUAAGGGAGCUGCACCUGCAACCACAUACUGAAUCGGAUGGCAAUGGCUCCGCAGGCUCGUCCCUGGCUUCCUCUCCGCAGCAGUCAGAAGGCAGUCACCCCCAGGAGAAAGGACAGACUACUCCAGACACUCAAGCUGCAGAUGAUGUGGGGUCAAAGAGCCAAGAUGUCAGCCUGUGCUUGGAAGACAUUAUGGAGAAGCUCCGCCGUGCCUUCCCCAGUGUGCGAAGUUCUGAUGUGACUACCAACACUCUGCUGGCCUCCUGA